AUGUCCAGAGUGCCAUAUGCAAGUGCAGUAGGUAGCAUCAUGUAUGCAAUGGUCUGCACUCGACCUGAUAUUUCACAGGCAGUAAGCGUAGUAAGCAGAUACAUGGAUAAGCCUGGAAAGGCUCACUGGUCAGCUGUGAAAUGGAUACUUAGAUAUCUAAAAGACACUUCCAAUUUGGGAUUGGUAUUCUCCGCACAGAGUAAUUGCACUGUUACAGGAUUUUCUGAUUCAGAUUAUGCUAGUGAUUUGGACAGGAGGAGGUCAUUAACCGGAUAUGUAUUUACUCCCUCUGGUUGUGCAGUCAGUUGGAAGGCUACUUUGCAGCCUACAGUUGCUUUGUCUACUACAGAAGCAGAGUAUAUGGCGUUGACAGAGGCAGCAAAGGAAGCUAUUUGGUUAAGAGGAUUAGUACAGGAUUUGGGUCUCGAGCAGGACCGUUUGGAUAUUAAUUGUGACAGUCAAAGUGCUUUGCAUCUUGCCAGAGAUCAGAUGUAUCACGAACGCACUAAGCAUGUAGAUGUCAGGUAUCACUUCAUCAGAGAUUUGGUGGAGAAUGGUGAUGUCCGGCUUCAGAAAAUUUACACUGCUCAUAAUCCGGCUGAUAUGUUCACUAAACCAAUCACAGCAGUCAAGUUCAGGACUUUCCUGAACUUGAUUGGUGUGAGCACUUGUUAA